AGAAGCAUCAUGUUCCUAUGGUUCUAUUUUGAAAUCGUUUAGGCGGAGGCUUAUAGCCACAUGCUCAGCUACAAGCUUGAGGAAUUUAAAGUUUAUGUUAUUUUUUUUUAAAUAAUAGUGCGUGAUGAUAUGAGUGUAAUAAUGUUAGGUCUACAUCCUAAUCUGAUCCAGUUGUUAGAAUCUGACCCGGAGAAAACACACAUUGACGCGGUCCCAGUGCUACAGCGUGACACCGAACCCAAACAUCUCACAACCAAAGAAGUCAGAUGUAGCGAUCUCGUAACCGACAGCAAAUCUCUGUUUACCUUUAGAGCCCAAAAAAUUCGACUGAGUAAGGACCAUGAACACUUUGAAGAUGGGGAUGUUCACCGCCACAUGUACCUGCAGGAUCUGGCUACCAGUGUGGCAGAGGAUGCCCAGCCUGCAAAGGUGGGUGAGUUCCGUUGCCACAUCUCGGGGUGCAGCCAGCUGUUUGACUGCCUUGAGGCGUACGAGCACCACUACAGCGCCCUGCACCGACACGUGUGCUCCACCUGCAGGCGCUCUCUCCCCUCUGCCCGCCUGCUGGACAUCCACAUCCUAGAGUGGCAUGACUCGCUCUUCCAGAUCAUGGCACAAAAGCAGACCAUGUAUCAGUGCCUGGUUGAAGGAUGUGACCUGAAGUUCAGCUCCAGGAUGCAGAGGAAAGACCACCUGAUCAAAACUCACAGCUACCCAGCAGACUUCAGAUUUGACAAGACCAAGAAAAACAAAAGGGUUAAGGAGAAGGCUGCAGCGCGGCAGACAAACACGGGCAUGGAAGUGUGUGAGGAGGAAGGUGAUGAGCCUGCGUCGGCUGGAGGUACCCAGAGUGAGAUGGGGGUAUCGGCAGAGACCUGUGAGUCAAUGGACUGCAGUCAGAACCCAGGUUCUGGUUCUGAGGGAGGUCGGACCGGGCCAGAGGAGGCCCUCACCACAACGUGUCAGAAACCACGCUACGCUUACAGAGUGCCACACUCAAUAUGCUUUGGCCAAGGCGCUGUCCGUGGGUUCAGAGGAGGGAGACGAAAAAAGUAAAAGCACUUGGGCUAUAUGACAACAAUGCGGCAUAACUUUGAUGGAGUACAAGUACUAGAAUUAUAGGCCUACUUCUGAAUCUGUUGCCACUUGGUUCCAGAUAGCCUAUGCACUGUUCAUAAAGAUGUAUUUUCUUAGAAUACUAUUUACCCAAUAAACUUGCUCAAUGAAAACGA